CCGCGGCCGCUGACCCGCGACAGCAACUACUUCGAGGUGUCCAUCGUGGACAGCGGGGUCCGCGGCACCAUCGCCGUGGGGCUGGUCCCGCACUGCCACAGCCUCGAGCACCCCCCGGGAUGGGGGCCCGGCUCUGUCGCCUACCACGCCGAUGAUGGAAAGCUCUACAGUGGCCGGGCCAAGGGGCGCCAGUUCGGCUCCAAGUGCAGUUCUGGGGACCGGAUCGGCUGCGGCGUUGAGAGGGGCUCGUUCGGGGCCCCCCCAGCCCAGGUUUUCUUCACCAAGAAUGGCCAGAGGGUGGGGGGUCUGGGGGUGCCACUGUCGCCCCCGGGGCUGUUCCCAGCCGUGGGGCUGCACUCACUGGGGGAGGAGGUUCGGCUGCAUCUGCCGCCACCCGGGCCCCCCGAGGACGAGGGGGGCGCGAUGCUGGUGGACAGCCUGGAGGAGGAGUGGGGGAGGCUCCAUGACGUGCGGCUCUGCGGCUCCGUGUUGGAAUACGUGGGGAAAGGGAAGAGCAUCGUGGAUGUGGGGCUGGCCCAGACCCGGCGGCCGCUCAGCCCCCGCAGCCACUACUUCGAGCUGGAGAUCCUGGACCCGGGCGAGAAGUGCUACAUCGCCUUGGGUGUGGCCAGGAAGGAUUACCCCAAAAAUCGUCACCCCGGCUGGAGCAGGGGCUCGGUGGCCUAUCAUGCGGAUGACGGAAAGCUGUUCCAUGGCAGCGGGGUGGGGGAUCCCUUUGGCCCCCGCUGCUACAAGGGCGACGUGAUGGGCUGUGGGAUCAUGUUCCCUCGGGAUUACGGCCGGGACAGCGAAGGUGACAGCGAUGAUGCUUCAGAGCCCCCUGAGGUGAAGGUGAAGGUGCGCAAUGUGAUGUACCUGGAGGAGGAGGAGGAGGAGGAGGAAGAGGAAGAGGAGGAGGAAGAAGAGGAUGGGGAGGACAUGGAGCAGGAAGGCAGGAAAGUCGUGGUGUUCUUCACGCGGAACGGGACAGUCGUGGGGCGUAGGGAGGUUGGGGUCCCCCCUGGGGGUCUCUUCCCCACUGUGGGGAUGCUCAGCACUGGCGAGAGGGUCAAGGUGGACCUGCACCCCCUGAGCGGAUAAAGGGGGGGCCAGCGUGGGACACCCAAAACCUGAAACCCUCUGGUGCUCCCGGACCCACCCUGGGCUCUCCCAGUGCACUUCAGGGUGUUUGCACAACAAUGGAGACCCCCCCCCCCAAGGUGGUAUUUGGGGUUUCACUCCUGCCCCCCCCCCCCAUAAUUUUGGGGACUCUUUGGGGGAGGGGGGUCCCCUAAUUUAAUCCCUCCAUUGGCCCCUCAAAUGUACCCCACUCUUGCCCCCCAAGGUGUUUUUUGGGGGUCUCAACCAUGGCCUCCACCAUAUUUUUGGGGGGCCCAUUCCUGCCCCACCCCCAUGUUUUUGGGGGACUCAAUCCUGUCCCCCCCCAAUUAUCCCAAUGACCGCUUCAGGUGGCUUUGGGGGGGUCUCAGUCCUGUCCCACCACUGGUGAACCUUGUGCACCCCCCAGAACCCCCCAAAUCACCCUUUUGACUCUCUCUAGUCACCCCAACCCCUUCCACUCCACUGACUCUCCAGUGCCCCCCCCACAUCACACCUGAGCCCUGCCAUCUCUUCCAGCACUUCACAUUCUUGGGGGGCUCCAGGGGGCAGAAUUAGGGGUUCCCCCCCAUCAUGAAUGUAACCUGGCCCUUCCAAUCCUGUGGGACCCCCAGUCCCCCAGUUCUUCGGUGGGGGCUGGGCUGGUUUUGGGGUCCCCUUUGACGUUUGCACAUGGUGGGGGUGUCCCCAUGCCCCCCCUCAUCAAAUAAACCCAUUUCUUACACCAAAA